GAAUUAAGUUUAAAACUAUUUAAUUUGAUAAAUAAGAUUAUAUGGUGCCUUAUCAUAAGAAAAAACUCCCAUUUCUCUAGGGUUUCAAAGCUGUUGCUACUCUGCUCUCUGCUGCUCCUGCAAGAAAAACGGACAAAGGGCUCGCGUUGCCUUUGAUCUUCACUUCGCAGCCAUGAUUAUUCCAGAGAAGAACCGAAGAGAAAUAUGCAAAUACCUCUUUCAAGGGAGUUUGCUAUGCAAAGAAGGAUUAUAAUCUUGCAAAGCAACCCGAGAUCGAUGUGCCCAAUUUGCAGGUUAUUAAGCUGAUGCAGAGCUUCAAGUCUAAGGAAUAUGUCCGCGAGACAUUUGCAUGGAUGCACUACUACUGGUACCUUACUAAUGAUGGAAUUGAGUUCCUCAGAACCUACCUCAAUCUUCCAUCAGAAAUUGUGCCUGCUGCUUUGAAGAAAUCUACAAAGCCCCCUGGUAGGCUAGGUGCCCCACCCGGUGAUCGCCCUAGGGGUCCACCACGCUUUGAAGGAGACCGUCUGAGGUUUGGUGACAGAGAUGGAUACCGUGGAGGUCCACGUGGGGGUGACUUUGGUGGUGAAAAGGGAGGUGCUCCAGCAGAUUUCCAGCCAUCCUUCAGAGUUAAGAACAAUUUUAACCUGGAAUUCAUUUUUGCUUGGAUUUGGUACAAGGGUUCUGGUGGAAGGCCUGCCUUUGGUCGUGGAGGUGGAGGCUAUAGUGCAGCUCCAUCUGGUUCAGGUUUUGCUUGAAGGCAAUGCCUGCCCUUUGAGUGUUCUUUGUAAAACAUGGUAUUCAAACUCUUGGAACUAAUUUAAGCUUUUGUUCCCCUAUUUUUAUGCAGCCUCAGACAAUAGUCAGCUUGUUAUGAGAUAAUACAAUUUUGUAUUUUUAAUGAGUUUGGCCGUUUAUGGAAAUGGUGCGUCUCUGCUCACUUGUGUUAUUUUGCUAUUAAAUUACAUUGUUUGAGUUUGAU